AUGAAAAUUUUAUCACUUUGUUUGAAACUCGAUUCUAUAAAAACUCUGAAAUCAAAAAUAUUGGAAGAUGUCGCAGACACAACAGAAGAAGAAAUGAAGAUUGAAAGGAAGUAUCGAAAAUAUGCUCGAGUUUUGAUCUUUUUUACAGCAGUAAUUUAUUUAUUUACGAGCAUAAUAUCAUUUUUGACGGCGUUGGGUUUUAAAAGCGAUACGGCUAUGUUUGUAAAUAUCCAAAUUCCUUGGACUAUACCGAACACUCAUCCAUCUCGCGAAAUAAAUCUCAUGAUGACCACUUUUUAUCAAAUUAUAGGAGUCAUCAUAGUUGUUGGUUGUGAUUCGUUCUUCAACGUGUUGACGUUCCAUUGUGUUGCAAAAAUGGAUGUCUGCUGUUCCGAAGUAUCGAAAAUUAACGGAAAAACAGAUAAAAAGUUCAUUUCGAAUUUAGUUGAAAAACAUUUUCGCGUUCUUGAAAUCAUUAGAAUUUCUGAAGAAGUUUUGAAUCCAAUUUGUUUUCAUCAACUUGUUACAACUUUUGGAGUAUUAGUUUGCACUGGAUUUAACAUCAAAGCAAAAGCUAACUACGUUUCUUUAGUGUUUCUAAUGUCAGCGCUAUUUCAAUUUUAUUUUUAUUGUUUUCUCGGAAAUUAUGUGUCAUCAAUG